AUGUUGUAUGUCCUCCUUACAGUUUGUUUCUUGAUCUCCACAGUAUUUGCUGAAGGUAAAAAUAAAAAAUUAACCGUAAUCUCUUCAUUUUUCGUUCUUUUAGAUUGCAUUUACAAGAAUUACUAUAUUGAACACAAGAAUGUGGUAGAAGGAAGGAACAUAGCCACAUUUCCGACCAAUAAUCUGGACGAAUGUGCAAAGAAGUGCAGCCAGGUAAGGGAUUUGUAUUAGUGAUUUGAGAAUAAGAUUCUGUUUUUUAUAAAUUUUAUGAAAAAAGAUCUUGUAGCGAAAGUUUUAAGGAUGUCCAGCGUUUUUUGCUGAUUUUCUGAUGAUCGUGGAUGACCUCUAUGAUAUUAAAGGUUUCACAUUUUCAUUUUACCAAAUGGGCAAAUCUGCCCUAUAAAUUGUCUUUUCUGAUCCGCAAACCUUUCUUCACUACUUUAUUUAAUUAUUUCAACAUCGUACAUGUCCCUUUUGACCCAUUGAUUAAGUUAUUGGUCCUCUGAUCAUUUCCCAAAACCCAGUUUUAGACCCACGGCUGUGACGCAGCCAAUUUCCUCCUCAACGCCGAAGAUGACGCGAUGUGUAUGUUGGUUGACACUUCGGAAGCCACCGCCAACUCGUUGACCCCUCUUCCAGCCUCCGUUGUUUAUUCCCUCCGACAGUUUUGUAUGGAGAAGAAGGAUGAUUGCAUCAGACGUCAAUGGGCAUUCGAAAAACACGAGGGAUAUGACACGUUGGAUGAGAAGUUUAUUCUGGGCGAGUUGAGUGGACUGACCUUGGAGCAGUGUCUGAAUACAUGUGUUAGAUCGUAGGUGGAAGGUCUCAAGUUGGUGACAAUAGUUUAGGAAGCACUGUGAAGCAGCAUUGUUCAACAAGGAGGCACAGACAUGUCGGCUUUCAAAAGUUUCGCUGAAUAAUGUGAAUAGUAUUAAACAACACUUUGGGUUCUCAGAUAACGUCGAUUUGUAUGAAAGCAACUGCAUAAAAAGUAAUUUUUUUUCUCGAUUUUUCCUUCGAUAAUGGCUACGUACAAACAAUAUUUUUUAGGGCGAUUCGACACACGGCAUUGUGGAUUUGUUCGGAUAAAUCAGGCCGGAUUUGUUGAUAUUUUUGAUAUUCGAAUCGAAAAGAUCAAAGAUCUCUCUCAAUGCGAAAGCAUUUGCUUGGAUUGGAGAUUCGGAGUGUGCCGAGCGUAUACGUACAACAAAAAGAGCAAACAAUGCUACAUUAGCCAUAACGGACAAAGAGCAACUGGAAGGUCAGUGUUGGAGACGAUAGACGAUAACUUGGCUUAUGGAGAAUUGGAUGACUGUGUGAAUUGUAAGUCGUACCGAACGUUCAACGCCUCUUUCAGUUGAGCUCGACUGUCGAGCAAAAUCGGUUCGCCUCGUCGGCAACUCCUUCCGCCUAUUCAAGGGAUUUAUUCGAACGCGAAAGGGAAAACAAACAAUUUGCGAGAGGAACAUUACCGAAUCCUACAGUUUCGAAGCCAUCUUCGGCUUUGAUGAAUGCGGAAUUCAGAGGACAAAGAAGAGCGCAAAAAUAUAUUCCGGGCUUAUAAUGAUUAAAGAGGGAAGCACGGAUUUAAUUACGAUACAUGAUAAAAUGGUGGAAGUAAGCCUUAAACAUCCCAAGCGAUAUGUAUAAUGCAAUGUUUAGAUCAAAUGUAAAAUCCACGAAGCCUAUCACGACUCCCAACCAAGUGAAUUACAAUAUCACUUCCGAAUUCAAGAGCCAAAUUCGAGCUUUUUAUUGAGCGAUGAAAAGAAGCCUAAGGCAUUGUUUGAAUCAGUCGACGAUGAAGCCCAGUUCAGGCUAGAAGUGUUGGAUAAAAAUGGAGCCCCAGCUCAAGUCGUAGAGCCCGGAGAAGAUGGAUUUUUGCUGAUUACUUUGGAUGGGACGCUGAAUUCUGAAUCCAAGUUUAUAGUCAGCGAUCUUGUAGCAGAAGAUGACAAAGAUAUGGUAAAAUUGAUCGAUUCUGAUGGGUAAGAUUACCAUCAAAACUUUGAUGAAAUUUGUUUAGAUGCGUUGCAAAUUCAACCCUUGUAACUUCGCUAGAACGGCCGGCUAAUAAUCAGCUGAGGAUUGGAGUCAAAUUCGGUGGUUUCCCAGAGCAAUCACAGGUUACAUAUCAUACGUUGGGCAAGAUUUGCCAUGCUGAAUGUGACUUGCAGUGUAACAACAAAUUUUAUAUAAAGAAUAAUCAGUAAGUGCACUUCCAGCAUGACUUUUAUUCAUAUUUUUGCCUACUGUCGGAGACUUUCUUAAACUUUAACUUCUUCAGGACAAUUACGAAUAUCUCGGAUAUUAAAUUGGGCCAGAGAAGACGUAGAGACGUCCCAAAUAACAUCCGAAAGUUCUCAUUGGCUGAAGACGUCUACGAAGUCUAUGGAAAGCAUCCAGUUCGGCUACAAAGACGCGAAAUCUUGCCAAAUGUUCAUGUUCAAUUCGACAAGAAUUUUGAUGAAAUGAUGAAUGAUAAGGAGCUGGAAAGAGUCAUCAACGAGCUGGAAGAGUCCUCAACAACCAAGCCUAAGAGCAAUAAGAUUGUAAGUCGCAAAUUUUAAUGUCGUUGGCCAUGAAGCAUGUCUAAAAUAAAAAAAGUUUCAGCAAGCCCGGCCGCUCCCUCUGGGAUGCUUUUCAGGAGAUUUGAAUUGCAUGUUUACCAUUACAAUGGCUGUUCUGCAGUUCUUUCUUAUGAUAUCUUGCACUUGCAUUGUGUACAGUGUUGUCCGAGUAAGCUAGACUAUAAUUUUGAACCUACAACCGUCUUCAGAAAUGGCUCCGUUACUACAAGAACCGAGGCCGUCGGAUGUCUCAAAUGCCACCAGAAAUCAGUAGAUUUAGCGAUGCUGAACCCUCAGGCAUUUCAGUCUCUCAGAGCGAUCUCACAGCUCCGUCAAGUCGGCCGACUUCUUCAUCGACGGUUAAUCCCAAUGCAAUCCUUGUGACAAAGGAGAGCAAAUAA